AUGACGGUAGAGGCAACCGAGAGCGCCGUCCCUCACCUCGUCCUCACUGAAGAUAUCAAAGACUUAUCACGACUACUCGACGAGACAAAAGAGGUCCGACUAGAAGCCGACAAAUUACUCGACCCGCUCCCUGAAAUGCCGAUGGGUGGUGGCCUUCCUUUGGCUCUUCAUCAUGAUAUCUACGCCACAAUCAAGCACGAAAUUCCCUCGACAGCUGAUGAUGAUGUCAAGAAUAUCCCUACUGGGGUCCCUGAGGUCGAAUCCUUACUGCUGAUCGGAAAAGGCCCUAUCCAUGCUCUCGUUGUACAUCCCGAUUCGGGUCGAAAAUGGAACUGGAAGAACAUCAAAACAGCCAUGCCGGUCAGAAGCCCUUUGAAUGUGAUGUCUGCAAAGCUCGAUUCAACCGGCGCUCAACGUUAUGGAAUCACAAACGAAUCCAUUCGGACGCGAAACCUUGUCUGUACCGUAUGCCAAAUGACGUUUAAAUGGAAGAAUUCGCUGAAAUGUCACAAGGUCAGGAAUGGUGGAAUGGCUUUGACGUUAGUGCUUUUAGGAGAUGCAUUUGCGGAAAAUGAAUCGUCAACGGUGUUGGACAACGAUUUGCGGCAGCUAACAUAUGCAACAGCUGCCAAGAAACGAUUGAUCCAAAUGGUUGAAGAAGGGCAGCUUGAUGGUUCUGGAAGUGCCGUAUCAUCAGCCAUCCAUUCUCAGCCCCUCAUCACCACCGCGUCACCGAAAAAGAAGAAUGGAAAGGCUGAUCAACAUCCAGACAUCACUGAGCUCGGCCUCAAGGGAUGGAUGAACACCAACAUCACUGAUAUGGAUAACUGCCGAAACACGAACAUUCUUGGUUCGAUGGACGACACAAACGCGAUGCUCUCCAACCCCCUAUUCAGUGAUAUGAAACCGGAUUUGAAUCUUCUCCACCACCACCAAGAUAUUCAGUUCCAAUACCCAAAUAAUCUGCUGUCCUCCUCGAUGUCGGCCCAUUCUCCUCUCAAUGUACAGUUGCCGUUGAAUUUAAUGAAUAUCAAUCGAAUCAACGGCUUGCACAGUCCCCAACAAUUGCCUUCCGUCCAUCAUCUCUCCUCUACCUCUCUGGCUAAUGGUGUCGUCCUCCCAAUGGAAUACCCCUCCCACGAUUCUAUCGUUUCUUCUGUUGGCCAUCCACAAUAUAUCGUCACCCCGCCAUCUGAUAUUAUGCUCUCACAUUCGGCCCUCGCCUAUCCAUCUCAAGGGGGAUUCCCAUUGCAGCUGAUGGACAAUGGAUGCAAUCCUCUACCCGGAUGCUCCGAAUACGCGCCAAAUUUCGACUACGGCAGCGGGUUGAUGGGUGGUCAAUAUCAGUUGAGUGAUGAUCAAAUGAGUCUGGCUCCUCAGCAACAAGAUUCGAUUCUCAAUGAUGAGACCAAAUGCCUACCGUAUGAUCAAUGG